AUGAAAGCUUACAUUUCAUCCUUAAUCCACCCUUUUGAUUCAAAGGCACCACCUUUUAUCAUUUGCAAUCAGCUUUUGAGAAAACAAAUUCACAAUAUAAAACUCAUGGAUAAGCUACAGAAGAUGAUCUCCGAGAAGUCGGUAGUGAUCUUUAGCAAGAACUCGUGCUGCAUGUCUCACACAAUUAAGACUCUCUUCUUAGACUUUGGUGUGAACCCGACGAUCUAUGAGCUAGACGAGAUCAACAGAGGAAAGGAGAUAGAGCAAGCAUUGGCUCAGCUCGGCUGCAGCCCUACUGUUCCAGUGGUGUUCAUAGGAGGGCAGCUCGUAGGUGGAGCCAAUCAAGUCAUGAGCCUUCAUCUCAAUCGCUCUCUUGUUCCAAUGCUUAAGCGCGUUGGGGCGUUAUGGCUUUGA